AUGUGUCCUCUCCCUGUCAUCCCGCGCACACUGGUGCCCACCGCUCUGCAGCAGCCAUUGUAUGCUGUGGCUGUGCCCUGUCCGGUUGCAGACCACGGGCAGCGCUGUCAGUGCCUGUUUUCUGUGAAGACCCUGAUUGAUCGGUCUUGCUUUGAAACAAUUGAUGAUUCUUCUCCUGAAUUUAACAAUUUUGCAGCUAUUUUGGAACAGAUUCUAAGCCAUCGUCUAAAAGGUCAAGUAACCUGGUUUGGUUACGAAAGUCCUCGUAGCUUCUGGGACUAUAUCAGAGUGGCUUGCCGGAAAGUUUCACAGAAUUGUAUCUGCAGCAUUGAAAAUAUGGAAAAUGUCAGUUCAUCUAGAGCUAAGGGUAGAGCCUGGAUCAGAGUAGCACUCAUGGAGAAACAUUUAUCUGAAUACAUCUCUACAGCUCUGAGAGACUUCAAAACAACCAGGAGAUUUUACGACGAUGGAGCAAUUGUCUUAGGUGAGGAAGCAAAUAUGCUAGCUGGCAUGCUGCUUGGGCUAAAUGCUAUUGAUUUCAGCUUCUGCCUAAAGGGAGAAGGUUUGGAUGGCAGUUUCCCUGCUGUAAUAGACUAUACUCCAUAUUUGAAGUUUACACAAAGAUCUGCAACCCUCUCCACCCACUGGCAGGCAAGAGAACAAAUCAGAGGAGGGGAGCCAGCUCAUUCUGAUAGCAUCAGCAGUGAUGAGGAGGAACUCAGGACUUUAGGAAGCAGUGGCAGUGAGAGCAGCACCCCAGAGAAUGUGGGGCCCCCCUUCAUCAUGGACGACAACAGCUGGUUCAACAAGUGUAAGAGAGUGAGACAGAAGUAUCAGCUUACCCUGGAGCAGAAGGGUUAUCUUGAAGAACUCCUACGGCUUCGAGAGAACCAACUGUCUGAAUCUGUCUCCCAGAAUAAAAUACUACUUCAAAGGAUUGAAGAUUCUGAUUUGGCUCAUAAAUUGGAGAAGGAGCAGUUAGAGUAUAUCAUUGUGGAGCUUCAAGAUCAGCUGACUGUGUUAAAGAAUAAUGAUUUAAGAUCAAGACAAGAGUUAACUGCCCACCUCACCAACCAGUGGCCUUCCCCAGGAGCUCUGGAUGCCAGUGCUGUUGCCUUGGAUACGUUGCUUUACCGAAAACACAAUAAACAGUGGUAUGAGAAAAGUUACCAAAGUCUUGACCAGUUAUCGGCAGAAGUUAGCCUUUCUCAGACUUCACUGGAUCCAGGGCAGUCCCAAGAUGGAGAUGGAAAACAAGACACAUUGAAUUCAAUCAGUGAAGGUAAAGAAGACACCCCUUCAUUACUUGGUCUCUGUGGGUCUCUAACAUCAGUGGCAAGUUACAAAUCUUUAACGAGCCUAAAAUCAAAUGACUACCUUCCAAGUCCUACAGCAGAGAUGACAAGUCCAGGCCUAACCCCAUCCUGAAAAACUUUAUGGAAAAGCCAGAAGUUUCUGUAUUGUAAAUGUUCUGUCUACAUAAGUUUGACUGCAGGUGAGACCUUUGAAAUUUUAUAUAGUAUUGUUCUGGUCUAUGUCUGGAAAUCUAUUGCUACACUUGAUCUUAGCCAAAAGGUGGAGAAGCGAUUGAAAUUCUAUUGCUUUGAGAAUUUGGUACUCCAUGUAAACUCGUAAGGAAAGAACACAAUAGUCUUGCCAUUUUUCAUUUUUAAAAACUCGUAUUUGUCAUUGAGGUUUUUAAUUGAAUAGGCUUUUAAAUACUUUUAUUCUCCAAAUAAAAAAUUCAUUGCAAAUUGUGCAUAAUUAUUAUUCAGCUGAUUUUUAUGUUAUUCGAGACUUAAGCUUCUGAUUUUCUCGCCUUUAUUUGAUGAUUAAAUUUUCCAAAAGAAGGCAAUUAAUUUUAUUUUGAUUUCUCCCUAAUUUCUAAUGUUUAAAUACCAUAUUUUCAUAUCAGGAAAGGGUCUUUGUUGCUAUUUCAUAAUGAUAGUUUCAGCUUUCCUUGAGCCCACAGCCUUGUGCAUGCUAGGCAAGUCAUGCUAAGCUUGACUUUCAGACAAUCAGUUUUUCUUUAGCUCUUGUCAUUUGGUACCAUCCUAACAGUCCACGUAACACUUUAUAAAUUUUGUAGGAAUAUGCCUUUUUAGGCAGUUACUAACUCAUUUGUAAAGGUGAUAGGGAAAGUAUUUUGUAGACAUGUCUUUAUUCUCUCAAGUUUUUCUUUAAAGAUUAUCAAUUUUAAGAUAUGAUCAGGUAUGCCUGAAAAGGUGGCAACAUUUCCAAAUGUAGAAUAAUAAAUGUUGGAAAGGGGUUACACCAGAAAGAUAUCAAGUUCAAUGAAGAAUUUGGGAAGUUUUUGAACAAACAUGUCUAGGGUAAUCACUAUACUUACCAAUAAAUAUCUGUCUGAUAAACAGUGCUGUUUUUUUCCUCCCUGGUGUGCAACAGCAAUGAAUCAUAACAUGUAUGUUUUACAGCCUCUCUCAUUAUGCCAUGAUGUCAUUUUAAAACUGAUGUUAAUGUUUUAAAAAAUUCCUACAUUUCUGCAGGUAGUUUUUUUAAUAAUCCAUAUUGUAAAUCUUUUUGCAAUUUUUGAAAGUUACAUUUAUCCCUAAAAAUUCUACCAUAUGUAAAAUGAAAAUAAAUGAAGUAUAUUUUCUAUAGUAAGUAAUAUGAAGAAAAAAUGGUUAGUUGUGCCAAAGAAAUUUUAUAUGUUGUUUAUAUGAUGAGGCCACAGUACUUAUUGGGGACUUCCUAUGGUGUUUUUGUUUGUUACUAAAACACUGCAUUCAGAUAUAGUAGCUUUGACAUAUGAGAAGAAUGUUCCUCCUAAAACCAUUUUUUUAUAGGAGCUGAAUUUGCCACAUUCAUUCUUUGUUUUAGAAAUGUAAGAGUGUGACAGUUCUCCGCAGUACUUACAGCUUAGUCUCAUACUAGGGAAUAUAACAUCCAAGGCCAGCCUCAAAUGUGAGGCCGUCCAGAAAGUGUCGUUUCAGGGACGAAGGAGGGCUGGAAGCUCCUGAGAUACAUUAGAUGUGCAAGAGCAUUCUCAGGGCGUCACUCUUUUAGCUUAAGGCUUUAACGCUAAUAAAAAUAUAAACGUUCCUGAAAAGUGGUACCUUUAAUCUAUUAUCAAUUCUGUAUACCUUAUCAAGAAUGAGGUUCCACAGCAGUUUUUAAUCUGCAUGGGGAUGGAAGAAGGUAUAAAAUGAAGAUGGUAGAAACUCUGGGAGGGCAGGAUUAGUCAGUAGAUAAGGAGAGGGAACUUGGGGAAUUUUAGGCUGUCCUCGAACACUAUUGCUGCUUUCCUAAAAAGUAUCCUUAUGUUUAAACGAUUUCUCUUCCAUGAUCCAUGCUCAGCUGUUAUCUUUGUCCAUUAGUAACUAAACAAAAUUAUUAAAUGUUUCCAUACAUUUUUAUAAUGUAUAAGGAAGUUCGAGAUCACUGAUUGGUAGUUUUUUCAGAUUUAUCUAACGGGAAUAGUAAUUUGUGCAUCUUAAUUUGCUGCUAAAUGCAGAUUUAUACAUGACAUCCAAGUAUAGCAACCUUUCCUCUUUUCUUAGAGAUCCCAAUAUAAAAUUCAUGUUGUGAAUUUCAGAUUUCUACACAGUUCAUUUCACACUACAGAUAGUCUGUAAAUGUUUGCAUGAGGAAAUAAUAUGUCUCAAUUCUUAAUUUUAGACGAUAGUGUUUAUUUUUACACCCCCCCCAAAGAAUGCUGAAAAUAUGUUGAUAUUCCCACAUGCAUUUUGUUGCCUUGAUGUUCUAUACUUGUUGCAUGUAUAUUAAAGAUUUUGUACCAUGCAUUAAUGGUCUUUUUUCCUUGACCAAAAGCUUCCUGAUUGAAACUGUACACUGAACUUUUGUUUCAACUAAUGUGGUACAUAUUCACAUUUAAGAUACUAAUAGGAAAGCUUUAGAUAAAUCCUUAUUUCAACCUGAAUAUUCUUUAUUUUUAUACUUACAGUAAUGUACCACAUAACAUUCCAGUCAGUGACAGCUAACAUAGAUAACAGUGGGCCCACAAAAUUAAAAUGGAGAUAGAAAAUUCCUAUCACUAGUCACACUGCAGCUUUUAUAUUAUUAUGGUUGACAAAAGAAAAAUUCUGAGAUGUCCUAAAUUUAAUUACAGGGGAUAGAGACAGAGGAAAAGGUUAAAAGAGAUCAGUCUAUUAAUAGCUUGCAGGUAAAACCCCAGAAAAUACUUCACAUUUCUGGAAAGAGGUUGAAACAUUGACUCAUAUACCAUCAUUUCCAACCACCAGGCCCACCAUACCCUGUAUAAGUAUAAACUUAACCCCAGCCAAUCCAGAAACAACAGUUACUUCUCUGUACAAAGUGCCCUAUUAUCCCGGCCUUUCGCUAUUCUGCGUUAUACUGUCCCUCCCAUUUGUAGCCAGUGUGGGUUUCACUUAUCCUUUCCUUCCCCAGGGAUCUGUUAUAAAAGCCUUAGCGCUAGGUCUGGUGAUUGUUUUCCAAUCUGCCUUGUUGGUAGUUGUGGAAACUUGUCCCAAGCCCUGGUCCUUUUUCUGGCUAGCAUCUAUAAGCGAUCAGUAAACUCGUUUCUUCUAAAAAAACCCUUAGUCUCAGGAGUUUUGGUUUAAUAUUGGAUGGCAGCAGCAGUACCGAGUUUUCAGAGGAGAAAAGGAUAUGAUUCUCUCAGGGCUGAGGACCACGCCACAGUAGCAGGCCUUUGAGAUUCAAACCAGGUUAAUUGCCCGCUGCUGGCCCCCUCGGAAGCCUGGAAUUAAAACCCACACCUUGUGACAGUUACACUCACACUUUACUGGCUCACUCUGUGUUGGAUCAUUCACUGUGGCUGUCUCUAGACCCCUGUGGCAGAAUUGCCAGUCUGGAAACUACUGAGUUGAGGGGAUGCCUGCUGAGGAUUUUGUAUAAAAUACUUUGAGCUCAGAGCGACAUCUUAUGGCUAUUUGAUUUAAUUACAGUUUGGGUCUUGGCUGCUCUGGUUUAAACCGUGGUUAGCAAUAUUAAACAAGAGUGAAUUAUGACAAAUUGCUUCUUCUAGCCAUCUGAGGGAGAUUCCAGGCAUCUGGAAAACACAAGUAAUAGGGCAUCGUCCAUAUGAUGUAGCCAUCUUGUGGGGCUUCCAGAACUUUUCUGACAUCAUGUGAUGUUUAGGGGCCUGCAAGACCUUUAAGAGGAUAGCCCGUGAGCCACUGGUGACGUUCUGUAGAGUGGGACUCACAAGCAGCACUCUUCAAGCCCUAAACUUUCAUCUCCUGGCCUUGGUUACUGAGCAACUCUUAAAAGUUAUGUCAAGUCAAACUCUAAAGCUCCGGCCAUUUCAGGAAUGUCAACUGGGACCAGGUCAGAAAUACAUGGAGCUGAGCUGUACACAUCUUACUGAACGUAUUAGCCCUACGAUAAUAUGUCUUAGCAAUCUGCAAACACUGUUCCUUGCAACCCAAAUUAGAAAUCAAAUCUCCCAAACAAUUAGAUAUCUUACUUUGGCUAGUACACUAAUGCUAAUAGAUUUACAGACUAAACUUGCUUCCCUGAGAAACUGUAAAAUGGCGAAAGUUCACAAUUAAAACAAGAAAAGAAAUAUUUAGAAAGCUCUAAAGAAUCUUUCCCCAAUACUAAUGUUCUCUCCUUUAAGCCACAUCCAACUCUCCCUUUCACUCCAGGACUUGAAAACCUAAAGAAAGCUACAUAAAGUAUUUAUUUGUAAAGGUUAAGUCCUCAGGUCAAACACACAUAGAAAUUGCUUUAUUUUCCCUAUCUGGUAAGGUCUGUGCGCUCAAGUCAGUAAUCUAGGAAAACCAGCCAAUUUCAAAUAAAUAGUCUCCAAAAAGUGCAAGUAAUACCUGGCAGGGGAGAUACCAUGAUCACAAAAAGUACAACUUUCUGGCAUUAUAGUUGGCCAUUUUGAAACUCUGUGUAAGGAGAACCUAAAUGAAAGCUAUAGGAUCUUUGUGUCUAUAUUUUUAUGUAUGUAUGUAUGUAUAUGUACAUGUGUGUUAUGGCUUGUAUCUAGAUGUCUUCUGAAAGUCUCAUGCAUUCGUACAUGGGGGGUUUACAGAGCUGGCUGGCUCUAGAGUAUGUGAUGCUGGGAUUAUUCCACUGAUUGGAAUUAGCAUCGUUCUGAGUGUGGCUGAAUGGAUUUACUGAAAAGUGUUGGGGGACCACCCACCAAGGCGCGUAGCCAGAAACAGAAAUGAGAGAAAAAGAAAAUGGCAGAGUGGUGGUCUGAAGCAAAAUUUAGCUUCUCCAAGAUCUGAAAUCCAGACCUGAAAAAUAACUUGUCAAAGGAAAAAAGAAAAGCAGAUCACCAAGAUCAGGAAAGAAUUGACGGGAAAAAUUAGAAGCUAUAGAGCAGUUGUCAGAAAGAUGGACCACAACGCAAACACAAGGAAGAAACUAUUUGGACACUCUCCAGCCCUUGCAACUCAGGGUGAGGGGAACCUGGCUCCCCCAAAGCAAGGUAAGUGUCUGGAGUUAGAGAUACAGGGAGAAAUGGCACCAGAGCCCAUACUCUUUGUGAACUGCAAAAACAGUGCAGGGUUACUUUGUUUUUACAGAAAUGGUAACAGAAAAUCUUCCAAAUGAGAAACAUACAUAAAAUGAGGCAUACAGAACACCAAGUAGCCACAAUCAAGAACCUCAGCACAUCACAACAUACUCAAAACCCCAGAAGUCCAACACACAUGCAAAAUCUUAAAAGCUGUAGAGAAAGGCAGUGAAUCACAAGUGUAUUAGAAUUACAGCGACUGUCUCAGCACAAAUGCUAAAGGCUAGGAGAAUGUUAUGGCUUGUGUCUAGACGUCCCC